AGCUGUGAACCUGCGACCUGUGAGCUGUCACUGUCAGUCGAAAGCAGAUGAGUUUUACGUUUCAGCGAGAAAAAUGCUAAAAUAAGAAAUAAAAAUGGAUGUGGUAACUACAAGUCUUGAAGCCUUGAUACAAAGGGCAACGAACCCUCAAAAUCAGAAACCUGACAUUGCAGCUAUUGAGGCUUUUUGUGUAAUGCUUACAAAGGAGACAGAAGGUGUACAUAUUGCUAGUAAACUUUUAGCUACUCAUAUUCAAUCAACAACUGAGUGGGAAGCUUUACAAGCACUUACACUUUUGGACACGUGCAUGAGGAGGUGUGGAACCUCGUUUCACUCCGAGGUUGGCAAAUUUCGCUUUCUAAAUGAAAUGAUUAAAUUAGUUUCUCCCAAGUACCUUGGAAAUUCAACUCCAGUUGCCGUUCGUCAAAAAGUACUCGACUUAUUACACUCGUGGACCGUGGAUUAUCCUCGUGAAAUGAAAAUAAAAGAAGCUUUCGAGAUGUUAAAAAAACAAGGGGUUGUACAAGAGGAUUUAGUGCUACCCACGAAUGCCACAGACGAUGGGACUAAAGCUGUAAAGCCAAAAAAUGAAAUCUUCGAAGACGAGGAAAAAUCCAAGCUUCUUCAGAAAUUACUUCAAAGUAAAAAUCCGGAUGAUUUGCACGCAGCGAAUAAAUUAAUCAAGACGAUGGUGAAAGAGGACGAAAAGAGAGUCGAGGAAAAAUCUCGAAGAAUAAUGGAAUUGGAAUCUGUUCAUAGUAAUUCCAGACUAUUAUCCGAUAUGUUGGAUUCUUACACACCUGGUCAAGUAAAUACGGAUGAUCUGGAAUUAAUGAAAGAACUGCAUGACGCAUGUGGUCGCCUUAAGCCUAUUAUUUUAAGACUGGCAAGCGAAAUACAAGAUAACGAAGAAAUGCUUAAAGAAGUGCUUACGGCAAAUGACGAAUUGGACCAAGUUUUUGAUAAAUACACAACAACUCUUGUACUUAAUCGACCAAGAACGGAAACGUCGAAUGCGAUUACAACAAAUAGUCCUUCUUUACUAGAUCUCUCUGCCCCAAAUGAAGCCAUUUCUUCCAAUAACAAUUUAACAAUUAGUGAGUCUGAGUGCAAUAAUAGAACGGCCAUUUCUCCUCCAACCGAUAUGGAAAUUUUAGGAGACAUUUUUAAUUCUUUGGGAACAAACUCGGGGUCUUUGCUUGUACCAGAUACGCCUCCAUUGUUACCUGAUAUGUCAAUCAUGCAACCAUUCAGUAUUGCAGCUUCAAAUAAAACAGCGGAAAGCGUCAUUCUGUCGACAAAAGUAGAUAGCAAAACAAAAGCUCUCGACGAUUUAAAUGAACUAGGCGAGUCUUUACUCAAGGAAAGUUUAUCUUCCUCGACUAUAAGGGGGACUUUUAAUAGUGCAAGCAAAGAGACUAGUCGAGUGCCUAUGAAUAGUAUAAUGAAACUUUCAAUGCUGCAAAAUCCAGUUCAAAUAAAUGCGAGCAACACUAGCAAAGAUAUAUCGAAGCCUUCACAAAAUAAAUUAAAUUCAAAGAGUGAAUCGGAAGCGAAAUACGAUACACCUAGUCAUGACGUUCCCAUGCUGCUCAAUGGGGAUGACCGCUUUGAUAAGGCAGAAGCAGAUUUGAUGAACAAUGAAAAAGAAAAGAAAACGAGUACUGAGAGGAAGGAAGAUGACCUUCCGUUGAUACCUGUUAAUGAUGAAGUGGAAGUUAAGCCCUUGACGGAUAUCUCUGUCACUUUAGAAAAUAUCAAACCAGGGUCUACUCUACCUUUGACGGUAAUAGAUGAGAAAAAUGGAAUUACUGUGGUAUUACAUUUUGCAAAAGACAGUCCAAGACCAGAUGUUUCUGUUAUUGUUGUUACGACGAUGAGUAAGAAUUCUAAUGCUCUUAGUAAUUAUUUAUUCCAGGCUGUAGUGCCUAAGAGAUGCAAAUGCAGACUUCAGCCACCAUCGGGCACUGAACUUCCAGCACAUAAUCCAUUUCUACCUCCUUCAGCGAUCACACAAAUCGUACUAAUUGCGAAUCCUCUCAAGGAACCAGUGUCGCUGAAAUUCAUGUUAAGUUACACGAUGGACGAUGAAACGAUAACAGAAAUGGGCGAGGUAGAUAGAUUGCCGGGUGUUUAGGUCUACAAUCAAGUGCUAGAAGUAGUACCUGAAAAGCACAGCAUCGAUUAAACUACCUGAAAGCCAAGUGUAUUAAAGAAACUAAGAUUGUGAUUAUCGAAGAGUCAUGGAAGAAUUCCUGUUUGGCGUAUCUGAGGGGUUUUCAAAUUUUAUUUCCGUUAUUAUAACUGAAAGCUACAAUGAUUGUUUGGCUACAUAACUGUUGUUUAACUACGAAGCGUAUAAAUCUAUUUUAAGACCGGUAACUUAACGAGUAAUUACAGUAAGUUUAAGAGACUUAUGCAAAAAAAAGAAGUUUAGCAAAAAACUAUAAAUCUGCGAGAGGAAUAUGAAUAAAAGCGUUACAAUGCGAAAUGUCAAAUACGUGACUUAAGUUGUUUUAUUACCUCGAAUUCAUGUAUUCGUUGUUGUAAUUAAAGCAUAUGUGUACUCUUAAGUUUCGCCAUGGUACUUGUAGCUUUUUACUUAAACAACCUUAACUUACCACGUAUCAUUUUAUCUGUACAUGAUUUACAAAAUGCUUUGCUUAAAUAAGUUUGACUGUUAGAUAAAUUCGCACGACUUCUCGCAAGUUCAUACAACUGCACAUUGAUUUGUCUUCGAUCUUGUAACUUUGUUAUCAAAUGAUUAUAUAUGUAAAUAGCUAUAAAUAGAACAGAAUAAAACUCAAAGACGUGA